CCAGCCCCCGCCGCCCGGGGCCGCCGCGCCGCCCCGCAUUGUCCGGGCGGCAGCGCAGGAUGCGGCGCCCGGCUCGGCCUCCCGGGCUGCGCUGAGGGCCCCGCCGGCAUGAGGAGGUCUGUCGAAGAUGCACUGGUCACCAGAGCAUGCCCAGUCCCUGAACCAGUGGCCGGAGCAGCACCUGGACGUCUCCUCCACCACCUCCUCGCCGGCCCACAAGCCCGAGCUGUACCCCAGCGCCCGCCAGCGCUUCAACUACGCCUGGGCCAACGAUGACAUCUCGGCGCUCACGGCCUCCAACCUCCUCAAGAGGUACGCCGAGAAGUACUCGGGGGUGCUGGACGCGCCCUACGAGCGCCCGGCGCUGGGCGCGUACCCCGACGGCGCCUUCGGCCCCGUCAACGGCCAGAAGGGCGACGGCGAGCCCUGGCCGGGGGCGCACGGCCCCGACGGCGCCUACCCGCUGACCCCCAUCCACGACGGCCUGGCCGGCGCCAAGGGCGCGGCGCCGCCCGCCGUGCCCGCCGUGCCCGCCGGCAGCGCGGCCAUCGGGCUGGGCGGCUCGGCCAACCUGGGCGACGCCGUGUACGCCGGGAACUCGUGCGGGGCCGGCUCCGGGGCGCUGGGGGCGUCUCAGGAGUACCCCUCGGGCUACGGCGGUGCCUACCUGCCCUCCGGCUACUGCGCCCAGCCGCCGCACCCUCCCGCCCUGCACGGCUCGGGGCUGCUGCAGCCCCCGCACCCCUCGCCCGCGCUGGUGCCGGGCUACGGCUCCUCGGGCGCCGUCUACAACUACGCCGCCGGCAGCUACGCGCCGCAGCCGGGCUACGGGGGCAUCCACCCUCCUCACCCCUCCGCCUCCUACCUGCCCUCGGGCAUCGCCGCCCCCACGCCCAUCCCGGCACCGCCGCCCGCCGCCCGCCCGCCCGGCGUGCCCGGCUACGGCUACCAGGGCGCGGGGCUGGGCGCGCUGGCUGUGCCGCCGCUGGGCACCGAGGCCGCGGGCGCGCUGAAGAGGAAGGCGUUCGACGCCGGCGGGGAGGACGACGGCGAGGGCAGGUACAGGAAAUACAGCUACGAGCAGCCAAAGUCGCCGUACGCCCUGCCGGACAACGGCGAGUGCCGCGGGAACGGCUUCGGCGGCAGCGGCGAGUCGCCCCAGGUGGCCUUCAAGGCCGGCAAGCGGCCGGCGGGAUCCGGGGCCGGCGAGGAGCACGGCGGCAAGUACGGCGGGCAGCAGAUGAAGGGGGUGGUCUCGCCCUCCUACGGCGCCAGGGACGCGGCGCUGCGGCCGGCGGAGCCCUUCGAGAAGUUUAGCCCCCCGCUCACCAACGGGGAGCGCGCGGCCGAGCCGGGGCCGCCCUUCCCGCCGCGGCUGCCGUCCAAAGCCGCGGCCUUCGCGCCGCUGGAGGAGCAGCCCAAGAACGUCGACCCGCUGGUGCUGGAGCUGGUCAACACCAAGGUGGUGGAGCGCGGGCCGCCGGUGCAGUGGUCGGACAUCGCCGGGCAGGCGUCGGUCAAGGCGGCCGUCGAGGAGGAGCUGGUGUGGCCCAUCCUGCGGCCCGGCUCCUGCGGCGCCGCCGGCCGCCCGCCGCGCACGCUGCUGCUCUUCGGGCCCCGCGGCGCGGGCAAGGCGCUGCUGGGCCGCUGCAUCUCCACCCAGCUGGGCUCCACCCUGCUGAGGCUCAGCGGCACCGCCCUGCUGUCCACCUGGAAGGCCGAGGCCGAGAAGAUCCUCCAGACCGUCUUCUUGGUGGCCAGCUGCCGGCAGCCCGCCGUGGUGCUCAUCACCGAGGCCGAGGCCCUGCUGGCGGCGCGCGCCGGCGAGGACGGCGGCCAGGCCGGCAGCCUCAAGUCGCAGCUCCUCUCCUACCUGGACAACGUGGCUACCUCGUCCGAGCACAACGUGGUGGUGGUCGGCACCACGGCGCGGCCGGGCGCCAUCGACGAGGCGUCGCACCGGCGCUUCGGCACGCGGCUCUACGUCCCGCCGCCGGACGGCGAGGCGCGGCGCCACAUCCUGCGCCAGGCCCUGGCCCGGCAGAGCUGCUGCCUGAGCGAGCGCGAGCUGGCGGCGCUGGCACAACGCACCGAGAGCUUCUCCGGCGCCGAGCUGCUGCGGCUGUGCCAGCACGCCGGGGCCGCCCGCCGCGCCCUGCCGGGACCCCCCGCCUCCUACCAGGACCUGGAGAAGGCGCUGUGCAAGGUGCGCCCCGCCGCGUCCCAGAAGGAGCUGGACUUGUUCCUGGAGUGGGAUAAGAUGUACGGCACCAGGCACUGAUGGCACCGCGGGGACGGACCCCGAGGGACCCCAAGGCCAUGGGGACAGACCCUGAGGCAGCAGGGAUGGACCCCAAGGCCACGGGGAUGGACUCCAAGGUGGCAGGGACAGACCCCGAGGCCAUGGGGACAGAC